AUGUCAGAUAAAUUUAUUUCACAUAAUUUACGUGAUAUUGAUGAUACAUUAAAUGAUCGUGAACCAUAUCAACAACAAACAUGGACACGAACAGCAAUUAAAGCAAAAGAAAAUGUUGAAUUACGUCAAAAAUUUCCACCAUUUGUCGUACCAACAGCUUUUUAUCAAAUUGUCCAUAAUGUACUCAAAUUUACCAUCGAUACAGAAUCAGAAAGAUCAAAUCAUCAAUUGGCAUUAAUACAAAUACAAACUAUACCAUCUCGAUUACCAUUAUUAGUGAUAUUAAUUGAAUUACAACAUCUUCCAACUAAUAAUUUACCUACGUAUGUUAAAAUUAAAGAAUUUUUUUCAUUAGUAUUUAGAUCUGGAAAUAAAUUGUACUCGUGGGAUGAUAUGAACAAAGAAUUAGAGCCAAUACAAGAUUAUCAUUUAUUUAAUUGGCCAACAACAGCAUUAUUAAUUGACAUACAAUUGUAUUUCCCAGAUUGGUAUGAGUGGGCACUGGCUCAUUGUGAGUCAUGUCGCCUGAAUCAUAAUCGUCAUUAUGAUGGUAUUAAUUAUGAUGAUGUUCCUACACAAAAUUAUUCAUCAUCAAAAAAUGUUUGUCAUGAACAAAGUCCAUAUCGUCCAGUUGAAAAAUGGUCUCUUCAGAAGGCCUUGAUUUAUGCAGCACAUAUGUUCAUCGACAAAUCAAGUACAGUUAAUAAUUGGGCUGCAGGUUUAACACCAAAUAAUUCAACAUUAUCAUAUGGUCGAAGAAAAAAAAUGAUUAAUUAUGCUAUAUACGAUUGUUUUUCAACAACAUAUCUUAUUCGACCAUAUUUACAUCAUUUAAAUCAUUACCAUUACCAACAAUUAAUCCAACAAAUAAAAAAAAUAAUAAAAAAAAAUAUUAAUUUACAAAAACUAUUUAAUUUCAAUGAUGAUGAUUUACAACCGGUAUCAGAUGAUGAUGAAAUUUAUCUUAAUCAACUCAUUGAACCAGUUACGAAUGAACAACCUGGAAAUGAAACAAUCUCAAAUGAUGAACAAGAAUUUACUGGUCAAAAUGUGGUCAAUGAUGUUGAAUUAAUUAGUGACGAAGAUGAUGAAAUUAUAAUUGAUAAUAAUCAAGAAGGUCAACCAGCUGAAGAAAAUGAUAAUGAUGAAAUUCCACCAGCUGCAGUUGUUGAAGAAAAAUUACCAACAACAAAACGUAACAGACCUCACCGACAACGAUCAAUGGCAUCACGACAACGAAGAAAUAGAAAACGAAAUAACACCCAUCGAAAACGUCGUUACCAGCAUUACAUUACUCGUUCGAUGUAUUAUAAAUUUACUAAGUCAUCAAUCAGAAAAAUUCUAAAACAACAUCAUUUCAACUAUGUACACGUCAAGGUGGUUGAUGGCAUAGUAAUUAUUGGUGUAAAGAACGCCUUGAUCCAACAACAGUACCAAGAUCAAAUACCAGAAGACAUAUUUGAUCGAAAACAUUAUCAAAAUUACCAACAUCAUCAUCAACAUCGUUAUCAACAUCAUCAUCAACACAAUCAUCAACAUCGUCAUUACCAUCAUCAUGAAUAA